UUCCUGUUUUUCUUUUUUGUCUUUGUUUUUGAUUUAUUUCUUGGUGUUGAUUAAUCAGUUUUUCUUUUCUCUGGGUAGUGAUAUAGAGGAAAGAAGAAAUGUUACAUUUCUGGGCUUUUUUGUAUCUCUUGGUUUGUUUGUUUUCUUUUAUCAUAUGAAUAAAUAGGUAGUGAUGCUUACAGGCUAGUGUUCUUCAUCAGAAUCAGAAUGAGAUACACGAGAUUGAACCUUAGAUGCUUGAAAGCUUUGAAUUUUGCAAAUGGGUAUCAAUCUUUACUGAAGAAUAUUUUUGAUUCCAUGGUAACAGAACAGGAAUUCCUGAACCCUUGACACAAAAUUGAAUCUUUCGUAUUUACCCCCUUUGUUAUGAUCUUGAUUUGUUUAACCUUUAGAAAGAUUCCACCUUUCAAUCAUUCCGAGACUAACUUAGUUCAGUACAAUCAUAUGGAGUUAAUAUUACCGCACAAGUCUAGUUAGAUCUGGUGUCAUAAAUCUCGGAGAAUUCAACUUUAUGAGUAAACCUUUGGGGCAACCUAUCUGGAUCCUAUUCCCAUAUCCUGAUGUCCUUGAAUUACUUUUGGCCUUCACGGCAUUGGGAAAUAGAAAAGCUUAGUAAUGCCUUUUCAUGGUGAAAACUUGAGCUGGAAUCAAACUCAGGUUUUGAGUUUGAAUCCUAGAUGAAGACAGCACAUAAAACACCUCCUUUUGAUCUUCUGUGCUCGGUUUCUAAGAAGUUUCUGCUCAUCCCUUUGUCAUAUUCAGAAUGUUCAGUUUCUCUUUUGAUCGUAUAUCAUCAAACAACAAGAAAGACAGCAACUUGGUCCAGUUUUUCUUGCUCCAGCUUAGGGGAAUCAAGCACUGCUCGAAACGAAUCUGAAGAAAACCCAUUAAAGCAAACCAAGAAUUUCGAAAUGAUGUGGAUCAUAUUGGCAAACACAGCAUUAUCGAUAUCCAUCUUCAAAGGCAUUGCCAGAUCUAUCCUUCACGUGAUAGGCAUCCGCCUCUCGUCGUCGUCAUCAUCCUCUGCAUCCCCUGAGGAUCCCCGGCUCUGUCACCCUGGCAGUUUACUGGAGGAAUUCAGGAACCAGACACCGACCCUGAGGUUCAUCAGCCUCUGCAGAUGCAAGAAACAGCCCAACCUCGACCAUGAUUGUACGGUCUGCCUGACAAAAUUUGAGCCAGAGUCAGGGAUCAACAAGCUCAAAUGUGGCCACUUGUUUCACAAAAUGUGCUUAGAGAAAUGGAUAGAUUAUUGGAACAUCACUGUCCCACUUAGUAGGACUUCUCUGGUUCCAGAAGAAAAGGUCUCUUCAUGGAUUUGGUGAGAGCUUUCCCUGAGUUUUUCUCUGUAAAGAAUCUGUGGGUUGUACAGAUACUUAAGUAUACGUAGGGUUACCUUCUUCCGGUCCGAGUUUUCAGACAGAUUAGAUCCCAUGGGAUCAGUAUCAAGAUAUGUCUGAUGUACAUAUCAUGUGAAACCACUUACAUGUGCCUCUGUA